UGUUUUUCACGUGCAAAAUAACGGACGUUCCUAAAUCAACAGCAAGGGUAAUCAAAAGGAUUGCGGAUUAUUAUAAACGCUAAAUAUCCGAAGCUGAUACUUACUGAUCAAUAGAUUAAUUGAAGAGUGCAUUUGCUGAUAACGCUUCACGGCGAUUUCUCGUCUCUGACGGAGUCUAGGAAAAGGUGCUGUAGCAUUUGUUGUGAGUCUGUGUUUCUGGGUAAAUGUCUCUAGGAGACUCUGGGAACGUCUGUCUCAGUGGGGGUUGUUGCCUCUGGGUAACUGUUUUGGUGUAAAUAUACGUAUACGCUUCACCUUUGAAAUGUGCAAUGAUAUGUGAAUGGGGCCCGAGUUGACCCGGAUUUUUCAUAAAACAGUGACAAACCAGCUGCAAAAGGCUCAUUAUUUUUGGUACCAGACACCUAUGUGAUAAAUACUAGCGUUCAAUGCACUUCUGAAAUAUAUGCUUAGUUGAUUGUUCUUCAGUGAUCAGUUACAGCUUAGAGGACCACAGAUAUAGGCUAGUGUGGAAUGCAUAAAAGUGACAACUAAAUGUUCUCAAGAUGUCGGUGCAGUUGAAGAUAUUUACCCUUAUAUGCAUAGCUGUAGGAAUGUCUACGGCAACUGUACUCCCAGACAUUGCUCAGAGCAAAAAUGAUACUGCUGUAAUUGGAUGUUCAACCUUCAACACAACGUACAAUUCUUGCAAAUUCAAUUAUAAUGUGAUUAUUAACUCUGAAACGCCAUGCAUUUUCAAUUGCACCUAUAAUCCUACUUUGCUUUCUCCACUGCAACUAGAUGUCCAUUUGAGCUAUAAGCAUCCAGACAGAAACCCAACUUUCGUUGCGGCCCAACAGAGUUUCUUCCUGAACUCUUGGACACUUCCGAAGAUGUUCCCUAAUCAUGGUGAAUUUCAGAUAUAUACAUCGGUAGCAAGCCUCUUGUGUCCUCCUAGACAACAGCAGGAAGAAACAAUUGAGGUCAGAAUUACAACAUCCAGCACAGAUAAUAUAACCAUGAAUGUAAGACUCUACAAUCAAAGUUAUGAAUUGAAGAUGGGUAACUUUGCUGUUUUGAAAGCAACACCAAUUUCACCAGAUUAUAGACUGUAUCAGUGGACUGGAGAUCAAACUUCUGUUCUGAUAUCAGCUGAGAGCAAAAAUAAUAGUGACACAGUAUGUGCUAUUUUUGCUCUUCAAAAUGCAAAGUGUCCUGUGGUCACGGAUGAGUCUGGUCUGCGGGCUGGUAGUGGUCGGUUUCAGACAUUCACUACCAGAGCAGCAAUGGUAGCAAGUAGAACUGACUACCCUGAUGGCAUUCAUAUGAUUAUGUGGCCUCUGCCUGAUGAUGAUCGCUGCACUCUAACAACUGAAAAUAUGAGCAACCAUUCUUCACGUUCCAAGACUGUGCAAUUUGAAGUUUUUAAUCACGCCUCCAUUGGGGCCACAUGGUACAUUUUCUUUGCUACUGGAACCUUGACUGUUGGGAUGAUUUUUGGUAUUGCUUUAGUGACUCUUAAAUGCAUUGAUAGAACUCUUAAUAGAACUAGACAUGCAGUUUUAGCGGAUGAAGAUGAUCAACGAGAAUUGUUACCAGGCGAUGAGUUUUCUGAAACCACAAGGGGAGGAUUUGCAGAAGGUGGAGUUGCAGUCCUUUCUGGUGUUGACAAUGGUCAAGUGCCAAGAUCUGGAUCUGGAUCUGGAUCGGGAUAUUCACAAGUUAUAGGGUCACCAGGGGCAGGAGGAGUUCAAUCACCAGAUAGGGGUUUUGCUUUGAGCUUUCACAGUGAAUCCUCUACAUCUAAUGAACCAGCUUCAAGAGAAAUCAUACAGCAACCGUACUAUCCACCAACAACAGUCGUUCCUCAUGAGGAUGUAAUACAAGCAAUGACCUCUUCAGUCAACCCUGUGUAUGUGGUAUGGUGGAAGAGGUUUGCAUAUUUUCAGUCACAGACUGCUGAAGCUCAGGUCUCUGAAAUGGGAUUUCAAAAUAAUAUUCUAAUCAUGGCUGUAUUUGCUGUACUACCAACUGCAGAACUCAUCAGGUCAUAUUUGAAGGUAUUGUCCUACAAUGGUGAUGAAGAUCAGUGUUUUUUCAAUUCUCGCUGCCUCACUGGAGCUUGGAUAUUUCAUGAUUUUGCACGGGUAUUCACAAAUAUUGGGUAUAUUUGUGGUGGAAUUGCCUUCUCACGUAUAGUUUUGAGACACAGACUGCUGACCUUCAGGGAUCUCGGUCACCCUACAAUAAGUAAUAGUGCUGGUGUCAGCAGGCAUUAUGGUCUCUUCAUGUCCUUGGGUUAUGGUCUUGUCAUACAAGGUUUGAUGUCAUCAUUGUAUCACACUUGCCCAAAUAGUGUUACCAUACGUUUUGAUAUGAUGUUCAUGUAUGUGAUGGCAGUAGCAGCAAUCAUCUGUGUUUGGGGUCUUAGACAUGGAGAUGUCACUCAUCACGUUUACCCAACCAUGGGGCUAAUUGGAACAAUGUUGUUGCUGGCAGAAGGUCGUGAAUGGGUCACUAGGCUGGCAUUCUGGUUGUGCAUGAGCUUCCUGUAUUUAGUUCUGCUGUUAACCACAACUGUACUGAUGAGUCGUUAUGGCAUGUGGUCCUUUUCCCCCAUGAAGAUGUUACAAGUAUGGAAAGGAUGGAAACCAGUACGUGAUAAGUUAGCUGAGGUCAUAAGAAAUGAAGACCUUAUUUCUACGCCAAUUCAUGUUCUGAGAAUAGUUGCUGGCUUUGUUGCAAAUGGUAGCCUCAUCCUCUAUGGCGCUAUUGCAGACCCCAAUGUGUAUGGAUACAUUUUAUCUGUUUGCCUGACAAACCUAGGCCUUUAUUUUGGAAACUACAUCAUAACCAAGAGGUUCCAAUACAAAGAGAAGGGAGCACCUUUGGCAUGGAUAUGUCUUAUACUGUCCUUUGUUAUGUGGACUCUAGCUUUAUCAGCAUUUGGCUUUCAUAACACCGACUCUGAGUCGUCUGCAUCUGACUCUCGAGGGUUGAAUUCAUCGUGUGCUUUCUUAGGGGUGUUUGACCCUCAUGAUGUUUGGCACCUUUUUUCAUCACUAGCGCUCUACACAUUUUUCAUUGGUCUCCUAACUUUGGAUGAUGAUGUGGCAAGAACACCUUCAAGAGAGAUUCAUGUUUUCUAAAGUACUCUUUGUUUUUGCUGUCUCAGGUCAUUCUUUUAUAUUAUAAGAAAUUCUGUGUUAUAUUGUACACACUGGGUAGAAAAGAAUGUGAAGUAGCUUUAAAUUGCUCUAUAUAUUUGUAUGUAUUUUACAAAAAACUUUUUGAUAUUUUAGUACCAUAAGUGAAGGAAGUAGUUUGAGAGAUUGUUUGCUUUAUUGCUUGCUUCAUGUAAUAAUGGAAGGGAGUUGCAUUGCUGUGUUAACAAAAAGACAAGCCAAUAUGUAACUUAUGCUUGUGGAAAAGUAUAAUGUAACCGUUGCUUCAAUGAUAUCUUGAGCAUUAAUUACUCAGAAGAAUCUGGGUAGCUCUAAUUACAAAAGUACUCUUUGGAAGACUGAUCAUGGGUCAAGGACCUCUGCAUUAUGUUAUAUAGCUAACUUUGAAAAUUGUAUUGAAUAGGUCUGUGACUUGUGCCAGCUUUUACAGAAAUCUCAUAAAAUUUCAUGUUUUUUUUUUUUACAUGUUAGGAAGAUGCAUUUGCACUUAGUCACCUAACAUUAAGAAUCUAAUUGCCAAAUCAUAUUUUAAAUGCAAAGGGACAAAACAUUAAAGUACCACCUGUAGAUUGUACCAAAUACUUCACCUUAUCACCCAUGUUAAUUUUCUGGUAAUUUCAUGUUCAUGGCCAAUAUGUUAAUGUAAGUGGAUAAGGAGGAAACCAUAUAGUCACAGCAUUUAUACUUGCUAUUUUAUAUUUUAAGUUAAGGUUUUUAUAUUUAUACCGACAUCCAUAUAAUUUCAUGAUCUCCAAAAUGCAUGCAAUGCUUAAACAAGGAAUACUAAUCUGCAACCAUGCAACAAGUGAAUCUUGUAUUCUUUACAUGUGCCUUAGUGCCUGAAAUUGAUGGAGGAGCCUGUUGCUGAAUGUCCACUUGCAGAUAAGCAGAACAGAGUCAAUAUUUUAAGAUGGAUCUCCCCGCCGUAGAGUCUGCCGUCUCCCCUGUUUUAUUUCACUAAUUGCUUGAUUUGAUGUGGAAAAGGUGACAUAGCCAGUUACUGCAUGUCAUUAUCCCAGUACCACCAGUUUUGUUAAUAAUGUUCAUUUAUUCAUUAAAAAGACUUGCCUUCACAGUUGAUAAUGAACAACUAUGAAAUGUUCAACAUUGUGGUUUUGAACAGAGGUAUCUGGGGACCUCAACUGGUUUCUUCAGAUACGACUGCAUCUUUAUAAGCAAAUGGUCGUUGUAAGAUUUAGAAUGCUGAUGGGUGUGACUAUUGCAGAUAUCAGGAGAACAAUUGAGUGAUUAAAAAAAGAACUCUUGGAGUUGAUAUUAACAAUGACAGUAACUGGCUGCAGGACACUGGUGAAUAUUUUAUUUUAGAGGCUUGACAAGCAGGUCUAUGGUAAAUAUGGAUGAGGAAAAUGUUCUAAAUAAGUAGGGUUCAGGAAAUAUGAAGGGUGUUGAUGUAAGGGCGGAAAGGUACAGUAUAUUGGGAUAAGAAGGAGAAGUAACUGGUUUGGUGAAAAAAUAGGUCUGAGACAAUGGUGAGAUGUCACCAUGACCUUAAAAAGAUAUUGGAUAAUGUGAGAAAUCAGAAAAAGUGAAUUAGACAAAUGUGCAAGAUUCUGGUUGCCUAUCAGGUUCUGAGAGAACCUGAUAGGCAAGUCAGAAGUUUGAAAAUUUUUACAGGCUACAGAGUUGAUAUUGAAUAGGAGCAAGAGUAAUAUUACAAGACAAGAUAAAUGGAAACCAGGAAGAGUUGAAGCAAUGACUAAUUUGAAACUUAGUCUUAUAGGUAUUUUGGGGGCUUAAAUGCAACAUAACUUUGGCAUACAAAACUAAUAAAUAGACUAGGUAGUAUGCAGUAUCCAAGAAUUCAAGUAUAGUAUGUACGUACUGUAAUAUCUAAGAAAGCCAUAUCGUUGUCUGUGGAGAGUAACCUUGAGGUUGUACAGUUCAGUUUUUGAGCAGGAAGGUAUGCUGUAGUCAGUUAUUCUUAUCCAGUCAAGUUUAUUCCUUCCUCAGAUAAAGUAUUGUUAUAAAUGUUAAUUUACUUAUGUCAUAUUGUUUUAUGUUAUUUAUCAAUUCAUUUAUACAUGGAUGAUAGGGUCAUGAGUACUUAAUUUGGGAAGUGAUUAAUUACUGGCUUUAUCAGCAGAUUUGACCGUUUCCUCUCGUAUAUUUAUGUACAGAUGAUAAUAAUUAAUUUCCAUUGUGCAAUUGUCCUGUGUAUUCCAUGCUGACCAAAUUAAAUCUGUAUUUAGGGUAUAUUUUAAUAAACACUAAAAUCCAGAUAUUCACCUCCCAGAAUAUCAAGCCCUUGGAAGCAUUACAGAUUGAUUACAAUUAGUAUUCUUUUAUCGGUGAAAUGUAGGACACCUGUAUAGUAUAGGUUCAUAUGCUACACUGACUCAAAAUUUUUAGUAACUUUUAUGUAUAAGUGGUGUAAUCCCUUGACAAAAUUUUCAGUAACUUUUCAAUAAAUAUACAGUUUAAUUUAGUAUAAUUUACUGAGUAUGGCAAAAUUUAAUUUACUAAGUGUGCUACAUAGCCAGAAUGAAAUAACAGGCGGGCGUGAUGAUAGUUUCCCUAGUGUUAGGAGGCCUUUUAAAGUUUUUGUUUGCAAUACACCUGCGUUUUUAUCUUGUGUUAGGUAUUGUAAAAAACAAGAUGUGUGAGCUUAGGGGAAAAAUAUUAUACAGUUUGUUCCCUGAAUUUUGUAUUAUUGCUAUGGGAAUUAGAGAGAACAGUGGUAAAAAAAAAUGCUUAAAUUGCUGUAUUAUAAUGAGUAAAACUUUGUAAUGUCCUUUUUGUGUAGACUGUGUAUUGUAGCCAGCAAUGAGAAUGGUGCUACCAUGAGUCUCCCAUUGUGACUCUCAAGUCAUUUUAUCUCGGACAGUUUUCCUUUAUAAUGAUAUAUGUAUAUGUUCAAUUAUGCAACUACUUAAAGUAAUUUUUUGAGGAGUGUGCUGCACAUUGUAUCUAUUUUGUAAAGAAAAUUUUGCUUUUUAAUUAAAAUUAAUUUUAAUUGCCAUCUUUAAAUGGAUGAAGGUUUGGAAGCAGGAUGUCUUUUGUUUGCAAUGUAUGCUACAGUAACCUUUCAUAAGAAGAAGUAUUGCCUUCCAUAUGCCUCCAUACUGUGGUUGUAUAAGUUAAUUUCUUUUCAUUGCAGUGACUUUUGCAGUGUAUUUAUGUGCACAAGCCUUAAUAAAUUUUUACUUUUGCAGUUGAGUUAUACAGGUAAUAGAAUUAAAGAGUUUUGUAUUAGAAAAUUUGAGACAAUAAAUUAAGUGUGCAAUUAAAAAAAGAUAAGUGUUAGUAUUAAGAAUUUUGGCAUGAUAAAAACCUAGCACACAAGAUCUUAAGUUAGGGUCAGUUUGAUUUUAAUGGAGGAUUAUACUAUGAAUUGGAGAUGAAGGAGUACUUGGAUCUUUGUAAGAGAGGUAUACUGUAUCGCUGCAAAAAUUUUGAUCAAACUUUUCAUUUUGUGUAGGGCUAGAGUUGUCCAAAGUUAUUUUACAUAAAACACAAUCACUAAUAAAAUA